GCGACGCUUGCGGUCGGAAGUGGGCAGCAUGUCGGCGCCUAUAAGAACAGCAGCGUGUAGAUUAGUAGCAGGAGUUUACUCGCGCUCUCUCACCAAGCGAGCGCUUACACACACCACCAAACACACCACAGCUCCCAGUGCAGCUCUCCUGCUCCACACAUGCAGCUCUGCCAGUGCUGCAGCUGAGAUGUGGAGGAACAUGUCUGCUUCAUCAUCAUCAUCUUCAUCACAGUCUUCCUCAGACAGACAGAGUCAGAGGAUGGUGUGGGUUGACUUGGAGAUGACUGGGCUCGAUAUUGAAAAGGACCAGAUAAUUGAGAUGGCGUGCAUCAUCACAGACUCGAAUCUGAACAUCCUAGCAGAGGGUCCAAAUCUGAUUAUCAAUCAGCCGAAUGAGCUGCUUGAUGGCAUGUCUGAUUGGUGCAAGGAACAUCAUGGCAAUUCAGGUUUGACGCAGGCGGUGCGGGACAGUAAGAUCUCACUCCAGCAGGCUGAAUACGAGUUCCUGUCCUUCAUCAGACAACACACUCCGCCUGGGCAGUGCCCCCUCGCAGGAAACUCUGUGCAUGCUGAUAAGAAGUUCCUGGACAAGUACAUGCCCCAGUUCAUGCGGCACCUGCACUAUCGCAUCAUUGACGUGAGCACGGUGAAGGAGCUCUGCAGACGCUGGUUUCCGGGGGACUACAAACUAGCCCCACAGAAAAAAGCAUCACACAGAGCGCUGGACGACAUUCAGGAGAGCAUUAAAGAAAUGCAGUAUUACAGAGUGAAUAUUUUUAAAGCAGAGACGGAAGAGAAGAAGUGGAAGAUCAUAGAGAAUGGAGAGAAGUGUGAAGCGUAAUCUGGUUGUUUGGUUGGUUUGGGUUUUUAAGAUUGAGGGAUGGAACUUGGCUCAGAGCACACUGACCCAGCACUGAUCUAACGAGCUGCGAUUGGCAGUUGACUUUAUUCUGUUCCACAGUUGGAGAUUGUGUAGUAAAUAAUGCAGGAUUUAAUUAGAGGAGAACCUCCUAGAACGUUGGAGGAGAGUGUACAUCCUCCAUCAGUGGAAAACACUUUCCAGAAUGUUUUCCAUUAAAACAAAUCUCCAGAGUCUUAAGGCUGCAUUCACACAACAAGGUAAAAGAGGCCCAUAUUUAUUAUUGAUAUCGUCUGCAACAUAUCUGAUUAUCAUAUUUGCAGCAGUGUGAGCUCUAUCAGGAUUUAGAAUGAGAGGCGAGAAUUUAGAGAGAUGGGAAAAUGGACGACAGCAGUGAGUAAGGGGUUUAGUGGUGAGAUGAUGAUCUCAGAACAGCUACUGGACCUCCACAAAUAAAUAUUUGUAAUGCUGUCUCUCUUAAAAUAAAAUUAGUAGGCUUGUGAUAGAAGGCAACCUCUCCAUGUUUCUAAUAAAUGGCCAUAAAAAAAGUUAAUAAACAAAGUUUAAUAAGUAAGCAAUGCCCAAAUAACAUGUUCUUUUACAGGGAACUUACAUACAUUCCUGUAGUAUUGUUCAGCUUACAAAGUCUCAGUUGUUUUUUUUUUUUUAUAUAUAUAUAUAUAUAUAGCUUCUGUGAUUCUACUGGUGAUGAAACCGAAACUUCACAUGAAGCGUCGCCUUUUUGCAUAUCGUCGCUUUCCAGUGAAAAACCCUUAUUUUCAGAACAGCAACUUUAUAAGAGAGAGAGAGAUAAAACCUUGUAAACUUUCAAUGGAAGUCAAUGUAAACUCUUAGAGUUUAUUUCAGGUCAUUUUGAAGAGUUCCUAUUGGUCUGUUCAUUAAGAAAUUAGUGUAAAUGCACAGUGUAAGGGACAGUUUAUCUAAUCAAAUUAUGUAGUAAACUAAAAAUCGACAAAAAUGUAGAUAAGUGUUUUUCACAGGACAGCAACGAUAUGCGUCUGUAGGAUUUGAGCAGAAACUGAUCAGGCAGUUAAUCUUAGAAAUAAUAAGAAGUUGUGAAGAAUGUGAACAGGCUGUAAAAAAAAGAAAAAAAAAACAUCACAUUUGAAGAGGAAAUCAGACUUGGGUCACUUUUAUUUUCUUUGUGAAAGUAGAAGGAGAAUCAGGAUGAGUAUUUGAAGAUGGUACUCCAGUACUCAUUGGGUCAGUGUGUUCUGGGCUUUAUUAUAAGCUGUUCGCACAGGGUUCGUCAAUCGACCGGCUGCUUCUUACCCGUUUCCCCGCUUAUUUUAUUUGCUUCUUAUCAGACUGCUGGAACAUCAGCUUCAGUAAAAAAAAAAAAAAAAAAAGGUUGCGAGCUGAAUAUCAUUUUUGUGAAUUCAUUAUAAAAGUUGUUAAAGUACAAUCUGUUAAUUUGUUUCAGAAGAUGCAAAAAUGCAAAUAAAGAUAAUUUAAAGUUUUA